GGCCGCUUCACCCAGCGAAGAGACCCGCACAGUGUUUUGAAGGGAGGCUGAUCUUCAGAGUUGCUCUGCGCAGUCAUGAGUGUCCCGGACUACAUGCAGUGCGCGGAGGACCACCAGACAGUGCUGGUGGUGGUGCAGCCGGUGGGCAUCGUCCCCGAGGACCAGUUCUUCCGCAUUUACAAGCGGAUCUCCAGCGUGAAUCAGGUGAACGUGCGCGACACCCAGCGAGCACUCUUCAUCCGCUACCGCCACCACUACCCACCCGAGAACAACGAGUGGGGCGACUUCCAGACGCACCGCAAGGUCGUGGGCUUGAUCUCGGUGACCAGCUGCACCUCGGCCAAGGAGUGGCCGCAGACGGCCGAGCGUUUUCAUGGUCAGAAGGAGCUUUUCGGCUCCACGCUGUACGACUCACGCCUGCUGGUGUUCGGCCUGCAGGGGGAGAUAGCGGAGCAGCAGCGCACGGACGUGGCCUUCUACCCCAGCUACGACAACUGCCCCGACGUGGAGAAGAGGGUGGAGGACUUUGUGGAGUCCAUCUUCAUCGUGCUGGAGUCUAAGCGACUGGAUCGGGCCACCGACAAAUCCGGAGAUAAAAUCCCGCUCCUCUGCGUGCCCUUCGAGAAGAAGGACUUUGUCGGGCUGGACACUGACAGCAGGCACUAUAAGAAGCGCUGCCAGGGCCGUAUGAGGAAGCACGUUGGAGACCUGUGUUUGCAGGCAGGCAUGCUGCAGGAUGCUCUGGUCCACUACCACAUGGCUGUGGAGCUUCUCCGCUCCGUUAACGACUUCCUGUGGCUGGGGGCUGCGCUGGAGGGUCUCUGCUCUGCCUCAGUGAUAUUCCACUACCCAGGAGGCACAGCGGGAAAAAGCGGCGCACGCAAGCCCAGCAUCUCCGCGGCAACAGAUACGGGAAAGAGACAUCGGCCAGGGGCUCAGGAGGUUCUCAUUGACCCAGGUGCUCUGACCACCAGCGGAAUCAGUGCGGACACUAGCAGUGAGAUCGGCCGAGCUAAGAACUGUCUGAGUCAGGAGGACAUCAUUGAGAAGUACAAAGAGGCCAUCUCUUACUACGGCAAGUAUAAGAACGCUGGGGUGAUUGAGUUGGAGGCGUGUGUUAAGGCAGUGCGAGUCCUGGCCAUUCAGAAGAGAGCCAUGGAGGCUUCAGAGUUCCUGCAGAACGCUGUCUACAUUAACCUGGGACAGCUGUCUGAAGAGGAGAAGAUCCAGCGCUACAGCGUUCUUUCAGAGCUGUACGAGCUGAUCGGCUUCCACCGUAAAUCUGCAUUCUUUAAGCGCGUGGCUGCCAUGCAGUGUGUGGCCCCCACCAUCCCUGACCCGGGCUGGAAGGCCUGUUAUAGACUGCUCCUGGAAACGCUGCCUGGGUACAGCCUCUCCCUCGACCCCAAAGACUUCAGCAAAGGUACUCAUCGUGGCUGGGCUGCCGUACAGAUGCGGUUGCUACAUGAGCUGGUUUACGCGUCUCGCCGCAUGGGGAACCCGGGCCUCUCCGUCCGCCACCUGUCCUUCCUGCUGCAGACCAUGCUGGACUUCCUGUCUGAUCAAGAAAAGAAGGAGGUGACGCAGAGUCUGGAGAACUACACGUCCAAAUGUCCUGGAGGAAUGAACAUCAUCACUCUUCCAGAUGGACUCAAACUGCCCCCGGUGCCCUUCACUAAACUGCCCAUCGUCAAGUCCGUGUCUCUGUUGAAUCUGCCGGCGAGUCUUCGUCCUCAUAAGGUGAAGGGUCUCCUUGGUCAGGGCGUGACGUCGGCGAGCCCCUUCAUCUACUCCCCCAUCACCUUGCACAGCAGAGGAGACGACCGCACCAAGAAGAUCGAUUUCCAGUGGGUGCAGGGGGAUGUCUGUGAGGUGCAGCUGAUGGUGUAUAACCCCAUGCCCUUUGAACUUCGUGUUGAGAACAUGGGCCUGUUGACGUCCGGUGUGGAGUUUGAAUCUCUCCCUGCUGCUCUCUCUCUUCCGGCUGAGUCUGGCCUCUACCCCGUCACUCUGGUGGGAGUCCCACGCACUGCAGGCAACAUCACGGUCAAUGGGUACCACACAUCUGUGUUUGGAGUGAGCAGUGACUGCCUGCUGGAAGGUCUGGUUGGGGUGAAGUCCAGCGGCUGCACGGUGGAGGUAGUGCCAUCUCUACCACGACUCCAACUGAGCACAUCGCUACCACGGUCUGCACGUUUGUGUGGUGAGGAUCUGUCCAGCAGUGUGUGUCUGCAGCUCUUCAACGGAGAAACUCAGCAGCUCGUCAUCACCCUGGAGAACAUUGGCUCAGAAACUCUGAAUACACUGGAGCUGUCCUCUAAAACACUCACUACCAAAGAGAAGUUAUUUGGGGACUUUUUGAGCUGGGACCUGCAGGAUGCUCUCUCUCGUCUCCCUCUGAAACCCGGCCAGGCGGUCACUGUCCCCGUCGACAUCCAUGCCAAACUGGACUUUUCCGGCCAGGAGAACCUGCUGCAGGACCUUAACGAUGAUGGCAUCAGUGUGACUGGAUUACCCAUCUCCAGCCCUCUGAGGCAGGUGCUGAAACCCCGCCCUGAAAAUAAACAAGUCAACGCAGACACCAACAAGAGUGAAUACAAUCAUGUGAAGACCCUGGAGGCGGUGUUGAGCUUCAGGUACAGCGGUGGUCUGGGGCAGGUGGAGGGUUACUACAGAGAGAUCAGUCUGGGGGUGAAGGUGGACGUGGAGCCCUCAGUGUUCUUCACCAGAGUCAGCACACUGCCUGCUUCCAGUACUCGUCAGUGCCAUUUGCUGUUGGAUGUGUUUAACCCCACUGAGCAUGAGCUCACUCUGACUGCCAGAAACCAGCAGCUCAUUCUGCACUCCAGCGAAUGCCAGAGGAUGGCCAUUCAGGUGGACAAGUUUGACUUUGAGAGCCUGCCGAUGCCGUCCCACAAUGCGUUGCGUCAGAGCAGUUUGUAUCAGCAGGAGGAAGAGAGGCAGCAGGCUCAGGGUGGACAGAUCAACAGCACACUGGACCUGCGCUGGAAUAUCCCAUCUCUGAAGCGUCAGGGUGAGGCCAGUGUGGAGGGAGUGCUCACGCAGCUCGUACUGGAGCACAUGCAGCUGGCACCACUGCAGUGGGGUGAGUGUAUUGAUCUAAACUACACUGCACUACGUUACACUGCUGUACUGCACACAACUACCACACUAUCAGGUACGCUACUGCACAAUAAACUUGACUGCUACAUUGUAAAGUACACCGCUAACUAUAAACUACACUAGUCUAACGUUCAACCCUGUUUCCAAAAAAGUUGGUACGCUGUGCAAAAUGUAAAUAAAAACAGAAUGCAUUGAUGUGCAAAUCAUUUAAACCCUAUGUUUAAUUGAAAGUAGUGCAAAGACGUCAUAUCACAUGUUGAAACUGAGAAAUCUUAUCGUUUUUUUUAAAAAUAUAUGCCCAGUUUGAAUUUGAUGCCAACAACAUGUUUCAGAAAAGUUGGGACAGAGGCAGCAAAAGUGUGAUAAAGUUCUGUAAUGCUGAAAAACAAAACACCUGGAGGUUAAUGGGCAACAGGACAGUAACAUUAUGGGGUAUAAAAAGAGAACCUAGAGAGGCUUUCAGAAGUAAAGAUGAGGAGGGGUUCACCACUCUGUGAAAGCCUGCAUAAGCAAAUAGAGCAACAGUUCAAGAAUAUCGUUUCUCAAGUAAAGUAGCAAAGUACUGAUCAUCUACAGUACAUAAUAUCAUUAAAAGAUCAGAGAAAUCUCUGUAUGCAAGGGACAAGGCCGAAAACCAGUGUUGGC